AUGGACUCCCAAGAUAUAAAGAAGAUUCGACGCUGUAAUGCAGAACUUCAGUGCCAGCACGACGAGAUUGUUGCCGACAUCGAAGAACUGCGAAGAGGACUGCUUGAUGCGGAAGACGAGGUUCGGAGGCGCCGUUCACGGCUUGAGCAAGCCGAAAAACGCGCUGUUAGGAUCAAGAAAGACAUGGCUCGAACGAAGCAGAUACUCUCCCAGAUUGAACAAGCCAAAGCUACCCUGGCUCUCAUCAACAGGGGGGAACUUCCUGGGCUCGAUGUACCUGUUAGAUGGGAAGCGCGAGCACGACCCAUGCCACGUAUCGGGGGAAUGGAAUCACUUGACACACCACGGGUCGUUAGCGAGUUCAAGAGCAAGACCCAGGAAUGGAAUCGCUCGGCGGCCACACAGACACUCCGACUCUGUCUCCGGACUACCAUGUUGAAAACGCGGUCAACGUCAACGGAGUUAUCUGCCACACUCUAA